GCAGUGUCGACAGCAGGAAGGAGUUAGUCAGAGGGGUUAAUGUGUUGAACAUGUUGCAGGCUCAGUUUGUUUCAGCAUGUGUGUUAAUGUGUUUUCCGCAGAUUAAGGGUCUAUGCCGGCUGUACCAGUGUACCAACGACGUGUGCCACUGAAGGGACAACUAUGGGACAUAAGAUGUUGGUUCGAGUCGCCAGAUGCCAACUGCUGGUCAGCUGCCUCUUCAUCCUGAUCCUGGCAGCGGCAUGUUGCUUUGUGACAGCAGUGACCGGUCAGAGUCCUCACUUCACUAUACUCGUAGGAGCUUCCCCAUCUGAGAGUCCCAUCAGAGACUUGCAUUAUGCCAUGAUCCUCUAUGGCUGCAGUGUCUGUAUAUUGCUCCUUCUCACAGCCCUGGUCAGCGCCGCCUCUGUUCAGCGGGAAUCUCAAACCCUCAUGGCAACUGCAUUCAUUGGGUUUGGCUUCCUGUUCUGUAUAUUAAUGGCUGGAUUAACCUGGACCCAAGAGUGCAAAAAUCUGGUUGAGGCCUCAUAUCUAGACGUGUACGAUGAUAUCUUUGAACAAGUUCUUAGGAGGUCUUCUGAAGACGCAAAGAAGCAGCUUGUACAAACCCAUGAUAUAUUUCAGUGCUGCGGAAAGACUGGGGGACAUCUGAAUAUACCCGAUAGCCACAAUUUUUGCAAGAACAGAGAAGAACACGACUGUGUAUCGAUAAUAUCUAAAGCUUUGCACAUACAUUUACACUGGGUUAGAAUGUUGUUGCUCCUGUCUCUAGGAUUCACGGUCUAUGGCAUGGUGCUUACGUCCUUUCUCUACUUCUCUCUGCCGAGAGGAAAUGUCUGGGAUCGCAGAGGGGAAUACAGCCUAAACAAUGCUUUAAUCUGCCCCCCGGGUACUACACAGGAUACCCCACUUUCUCAGCUUCUGCCAAACCAUUCUGUACAGUGAAGGGUUCUCUUUGGUCAAUGAGCCAGCCAUAGCCCCUCUAUCUCUUAU